AUCGAGAGGCUGCUCCCAUUGACAGCGAACACCAGUGACACUUCUCGCAGUACCUCGCUUCUUACAAUCUCAGAGUUGCACGAUGCCCCGUGCUACAGCACCUCGUGCGAAGAUACACAUCAAGCGGACUCCGCCAGUUCUGUUAACACACCGGGUUCGUCCUAGAGACGGCGACGGACCACGACUAUGGAACGCAAAGCGACGCAUCAAGACCAGCAAAGGUCUAACCUUCUUCCGAGCACACGCCUUGGUCAGUAAGGAAAAGCUUCAAGAGUGGAAGAAGUCUUCGUGGAACAACCUCAAUGCCGAGGAGCAAAGAGCAUUCGCUCCUGUCUUUCGCGACGACGGGCUCAAUAUGGAAUGGUGGAAGCUGGACAGGAAGAAUCUUGAGAGGUUCAUGGAUACCCACCCGAGCCUGCGCGAGGUAUCAAGUGAUGUCAAGUCUUUCAUCGCUGCUGGCUCGAUAAAUUUCGAGAAAUCGACAAUUCUGCGAAUAUUGAUGGACCCUGCUCGAUACUUUGCUCUUCCACACAACGUCCCUCUCAGCAUGCGCCGGCAGGUUUACUUCCCGGAUCCCAAAGACACAGUGGUCCUGAUGCGUACACCACAUCUGGGUCCUCGCUACGCCGCCUUCGACGUCCCCCUCCAUUUCAACAAAAUCGAUCUCAGAGCUUACCUGAAAGAUGUCUAUGGCGUCGAUGUCCUCCAUAUCCGCAGCGUGGUGAUUCAACAAAAAGUAGAGAGAAAAGACGGCAGAGAUAAAUACUCCCAGGGCAAACUAUUUCGUCCGCCCAGCAAAAAGAAAAUGACAUGUCUCCUGGCGAAACCAUUUGUCUAUCCCGCCGAACCAGAGGACCUAGAACCCUGGGAGCACGAACGAUACUGGGAAUCCAUGAAAGCCAUCGUAGAGAAGAACCGAGAAGAAUCCGAAUGGGGCAUGAUGAACCCAGAUCUGAAGCACAGGAAGGCCAUGGCCCUGCAAGCUCAACAAUUACUGCAGGGGAAGAUGAAAUGGACGCCGACAUGGCAGAAUUUUGCGGACGAUUGGCGGGCUAUGCGAGGAUUGGGUUCGCACGCCAAUUCGCGGCCGUCACAACCGACGAGUUCACCUUCAUGACAUUAUCAUAGCAUUUGCUGUGGAGAAAGGAUGGGACUCGAAGAUUUGUACAUUAACACGACACAUUCUGCGUUGCAUAGCUACCAGGAUUAGCGAGGGUUGCGAGGUCCAACCUUGUAGGAUUGGCAGGCUACAUCAAACAAACGCACUCAUUCAAACCCAAGGGUGUCACCACGGAGCCCAGCGAGAAGUGAACAUGAGAUGAUACAGCAUACAGUAGAUCUGAUUAAGACCGAAAGAAGCUAUAGGAAAGAGAGGUUGACGCAUGCUAAACGAUCCGGAGCCUAACGGAGAACCACUCCACGCGUUAAUUAACCACGCACAUCGAAUAGCUUACAAUCUGCUCUCGAUCUCAGCGAAAUGUCGAUCCGAGGCCCAAUGAGAAUCGGGCCAGAUAUGGCGAAGAGCUUCAUAGACAUGCCUACAGACAGAUUGUUAGCGAUACUCUACUCCGCUUCCACGAAGAGGCAGGACAAGUACGAAUCGACAGAAGACAGCGCAGGAC